AUGAUUGCGGCUUCGGAACCUUUGGAGUUUGUGCCUCACGGUAGGACAGUACUCGCAAGGCAUCCUGGUCAGAUAUAUGGAAAAUGCCACAACAACUCUGCAUCCGAAAACACUCUUAUGUAUAAGUUGACAAACUUUGCUAUCAAAGAUGAGAGUUUGCUUGAAAACAAGGAGUUGGAGGAGGAAUGGUGGUGUGUGAGAGAAGUUUAUUAUAGAGAUACAAAAGAGCUUGAUGAAGAUGAUUCACAGCCUCCGGGAAAAGAGAAAUUGGAAGAUUCCUUCAGACCGCCUAGCAGAAUCAAGCCGGACUUCAACAUAUCUAUUAAGUCCGAGUUACUUGCCGGUGUAAAACGAAAUGAAGGGGAUGUUGGUUCUGGGACAUCACAGGGCGGCAGUGCUAACAGUUCCAGUAACAUGUCGAAGAAAUUUAGCCCCAACUACUCACAGCAGUCGCAACCGGUAAAGAAGCCAUUAAAUCCAAAGACUGACUGCUGUUAUGAAGAGGAGCUUUAUGUUAAAGGAUGUACUGCUGUGUGGUCUAAAGGUUUGAUCUCAACCCCAGGCACAAAGCUGUCAGGGCCAGAACACAGAGAGACAAUAGCUUGCUACACUAUUGACAACCCAAUAAAACAUGCGGCCUUCUGCGACUUUCACAUUGGUAUAAACAACACAAUGUUGAUUGACGCAUUAAAUUCUCAAAUUGGUGAUGUUAAGAAAAAUAUAAAGAUAGAGGAUAAUACUGAGCAUAUUGAAACUAAAAUAAUGCCUUCAAUAUUGCUGAUGGACAGCAAAUGUAUGAGGGUGUACGCUGUCGACGGCAGGGAGUACAUGGCAAGCAUUCCGUUCCAAGUCAAGAAAGUGUGGCCAAUGAAGUAUGGUGUUUUAUUAGAGAAAGACGCGUCACCGCAAGUGCACAACCCAGUGUUGCCAGCAUCGUUCUUCAAGUUCAACGACUCUUGCAAUAGUUCCUUAUCAAAAUCGAAGAGCAACUUCCCUUUCAACAUGAGUGCGAAGCUGCGGUCGGAGUCACUUCUCGGCUACGAUCAGGAGUACCCGUUACCAACGUGCUUUUCUCUAUCACAUCCGUUAGACGAAGUCACCCCUAUUCUGAUGAAGUCGCCGUCACAAGGCCUGCAAUAUUACAACGACGGGGACGUCCAAAUAAUAUUCGUCAGCGUCAAUCCCAGUAUAAUAUUGCUGUACGAUUGGAAGUUGGGUACGCACUCGCUGUGGAAGAUCAGGAAGGCGACUCGCGACGAGUGUCUCAGCGUUUGUCCGAACAUGAACUCAACGACUACGGUGUUCAGCCAGUCGUGCGAUUUCGUCGGGAGCCCUAUGCAGAGUAUGGGGAGGAACGCCACCAGCUGGACGGGCGGAAGUCCGUUCCAGUCGAAGAGAGGCUUGAACACACCGAACCGGUCGCGGCAGAACAGCCCAAUGGCCAACAUGUUCCACCAGCAAGGGUUGUCCCCCCACGCGUCCAUCGGCCAGGCCUCCUCAACGUCGAUGUUAGCCAACACGAUGACCCAAGCGCCCCCUUCCCUGCCGUUGUACCCAGAAAUAUGCUUGGAUCACAUUUGGACGGACGGCCAAGUCAUCCGCAGAGAUCCAAUCGAGAGUGCAACAGAUAUAAAGACCUUCUUGCAUACAGACCUAGUCGGCCACAAUUACCUGUGCUUCUUGGUCAAAGUGGGCGGUGUGAAUAAACUGCAAAUCAUAAGGCUGCAGAAGUCACAUUCGCACGGGCAAGCAGAGAAGAGGAAUAUCAUCGUUGGUUCUGUAUCAUCAGUGUUUGCAAAAGAUGCUGUUGUAUUGAACGAUUUAAAUAUGAUCGCAUUAAUUGAUGAGACUGGAAACAUCAUAUUGCAGUCAGGAAACUCUGUUGUUGGAAAGGUGCACGUGGGCGGGGUGCUGGCGCGGCUGCUGGACUCUCCGUACACGAGGCGGUCGCUGCCGCCGGCCAGGGCCGCCCCGUUCCCGCGCCGCAGCAGCCUGCUGCCCAGCCGCGCCCCUGACUGCGCCCUGGACGACUCGGCGCUGCACCUCCUCUCGCCCGUGCCCCACCCGUCCGCCUCCAGGGUCGACCACAAGGAGAGCCCGGGCCUGCGGGGGCUGUGCGACCCCGCCGGCUCGCGGCUGACGCUGCGCCUGGAGAACGGCGUGCUGUACCGCAUCGCGCUGCCGCCCCUCGCCGCGGCCGCCCUGCCGCCGCGCGCCGCCAGCGCCCUGCGCGCCCUCCUGCCGCGCGACAUCGCCAUGCAGGUGCUAAUCAAGUGGUACGGCGUGCGCAACGCGCCCGGCUCCCAGGACCUGACUCCGGAGCAGGAGUGGGCGAUGUUCUCGAAGCUGCUGCUGUCGCUGGUCGGCUACGACGUGGAGCGGCUCGGCCAGACGCGCCGCUGCGACGAGGACCACGCCGAGGUGGCCACCAAGAAGCAGAGGACGUCCAGCGACGGCACCCAGGACGACUGGGACUACCUGCUCAGCUCCAAGAUGCACAGGGCCAUAGGCAGCUCGCUCGCUACCAUGCUCAACCUCAACCCCGCCCACCCGGAAGGCAAGCACUGGAGGCCCGGCAAGCGGGUGGACGCGGACAAGCCGUCGCAGUUCAACCCGAACGCCCUCCUCUUCCCGUAUAUGCUGAACGUGUUCUACUCUUUCCACCUGCUCUACGAGGAUCUCAAGCUGAACAUCCUGCUGUCCAGCAACCUCAAGCCCCUAUCGGCGUUCCUAUACCAGCUGGCGAAGGAUCUGAGACUGUCCGGCUACGUCCAUCACUACUGGCUGGAUUUCCCGGCGGAUUACAACUACGAGUACGACGUCGCCGACUCGCAGAUAACCGAGGCCGUUCUGAAGAAACUGCCGGUGCCGAACUACUUCAGCCAGGAGCCACCGGUCUUCUUCGGCUACCUGAACUCGAUGCUAAAGGACGUGGACGCAGGGCUGUAUCCUCACCUGCCGGAGGUCAACAACACCAGUCGAGAUCUUGUCGAGAUACUGGCGACGGUUGGGUACGGGCGCGGUGCCGGGCUGGUGGUGCCUGGGGGGCCGCAGGCGCCGGGCAGCAGCACCCCGCGGCCCAGGGCUUCGCCCUCGGGCUCCACGGGCGACUCGCCCUACGCCCAGGCCGCUCUGCUCGCCUGCGAGAGAGGGCUGACGCUGCGCGGGGUGGAGCUGUUCCCGCCGGCGGUGGGGCUGGCGCUGCUGGGCGUGCUGAGCCGCUGCAAGGGCGCGCCGCCGCCGCACUGGCCGCCAGAGGCGUGCGCGCUCGCCAUGCGCGACGACCUGGCCGAGCUGGCCAAGGCCGCGCGCACCCUGCACGCCGCGCCCGACCGCCUCGAGAAUUAUCUCGAGAGUGAGACGCACGCACUUCUCCAUCCUGUUCUUUCUCUCCGGCCAAGUUCAAUCACCUGCACGCCGCGCCCGACCGCCUCGAGAUUCAAUCACCUGCACGCCGCGCCCGACCGCCUCGAGACUUUAGCACUAGCUUCGCUAGAGAAGGAGUCUGCAUUUUCAGUAACCAGCAGAUCCAUAGAAGACCCCGUAAACAAGAAUGAAGAGAAUGACACCACCACAGGCAUGGAGCACCUGAACACCAAGUUGCUCAAACUAUUAUACCCUCGAGAUCACCGUAUGACGGAGGUGUUCAGCCUGCUGCAGUCCUCGAUCCCGGUGAGCAUCAACCUGACGCAGCGGCCAGAGGUGUCAGACCACGACUUCAUCGAGGAGCAGGAGAAGUACCUCUUCGCGGUCAGCACGCGCACCCUGGCCCUGCCGGUGGCCAGGGGCAUGGUGACGCUGCGCAGCCUGCCGCUGGCCACGACGGAGGCGCUGUGCGCGCCGCGGCUGACGGCGGGCGGGCGCGGGCCGGCGCCGCGCCGCCACGCCGUGCCGCCGCCCGACGCGCAGCCGCCGCUCUGGCCCGCCUUCCACAACGGCGCCGCCGCCGGCCUGGCGCUGGUGCCGCUCGCGCCGCGCGCGCUGCGCCACACCUGGGUGCUCUUCAACAGGCCACGGGGUCCCCAAGACAUGACCACCGAACAUGCCGGCUUCCUUCUAGCAUUGGGGCUGAAUGGGCACCUAAAGGACAUGCCCUUCAUGAACAUCUACGAAUACCUCGUCAAGUGCAACGAAAUGAUCAGUGUUGGGCUGCUAUUAGGAUUGGCAGCCACCUACCGUGGAACUAUGGACGUGCAAGCGACAAAGAUGAUGAGCAUCCACCUGGAACCACUGCUGCCGCCGACAUCUAUCGAGCUGGACAUCCAGCAGAGUAUAUUGGUGGCAGCGCUACUGGGGGUGGGACUUCUCUACCAGGACACUUGUCACGCCCACUACGCUCAGAUUUUACUUAACGAGAUUGGGCGGCCGCCCGGGCCCGAGGCGGAGAGCUGCGUGGAGCGCGAGGGCUACGCGCUGGCGGCGGGGCUGGCGCUGGGGCUGGUGUGCGUGGGCGCGGGCGGCGGCGCGCCCCCGCGGCUGGCGCAGCGGCUGCGCGCGCUGGUGCUGGGCGGCCGCGAGCCCAACGCCGACGUGACGGCGCCCGGCGCCACGCUCGCGCUCGGCCUGCUCUUCCUGCGCCGCGGCGAGUGCGCCCCCGCGCGCUGGCUGCGCCCGCCGCCCACGCCCUACCUGCUCGACUUCGUGCGCCCAGACCUGCUCAUGCUGCGCGUCAUCGCGCGCGGUUUAAUUCUUUGGGACUCCAUUGAGCCGACAGAAGAGUGGAUAGAAGACCAGGUGCCUGAGACAAUAAAGCCGUACUGCUUCGUGAAACCCACUGAAGAGCACAUCGACUACGAAGCUAUGAACCAGGCGUACUGCAACAUCGUGGCGGGCGCGUGCUUCGCACUGGGGCUGCGCUUCGCCGGCUCGGGGCUGGAGGAGGCGCGCGACGCGGCGCUGCAGUGCGCGGCGCGGCUGCUGGGCGCGCGCGGCCGCCGGCUGGCCGGGCUGGCCGGCGCCUCCACGCUCGAGGCCUGCCUCUGCCUCUGCCUGCUGGCGGCCGGCAUGGCGAGUGCCUCUAUUGUGCUGCAGCCUUCAGACUCUACUGAUCGUGUUCAUUUCUUCUCAUUUGGGGAACAAUGUCGCUCUCAUGCUCUGCCAAUUUGUUGCAUCAUCUCCCGGAACAGGGGAUUUAGUCCUAACUCU